AUGAAUUCUUCAAAACAGACGUGUUUGUUUUACCUUUGUGGUCUAUCGCUGUUCUGUGGAUCCAAGGAUCUCUUUGAGCUGCAGACAAGUAUAUCCGUGGAUCAAGGGCCUAACUUCCAAGGCUAUAACGAGAAUUUCCGAGUGAUUAUUCAAGAAAUACCGAACAGCAACUUUACUGGAAUUCGCAGCGUUUUUCAAUGGAGAGUCGGGAAAACUUUGAACGAUGGAGGCAUCAAUAAUAUCAUGAUGUUUUACAUCAAUGAUACGGAAAACGCAUCAACUUUUUUGCUUGGACGCAUUGGAAUAUAUAGUAGCGGAUCUCAAAUCGGAGUGCAUUUCACAAUGGAUUGGCCUCUUAAUUAUCCCCCAUUCAAUUGCUCAAACAAUUUUAGCGUCUCCAGCGACAAUCUUGCGUGUUUUAAUGCCAACUAUACGCUGAUUACGAAUGCGAUUUACUUUCUCGAUGUGGAAAUCAGUGAUAGCAUCAUAAGUGGCUAUAUAUCAGACCCUCAAGACGAUCUUACCAAUAUAAACGAUCUCAACACACCGCGAAACUUGAUAGCUGAAAUCAAGUGGUUAACUAAUCUAGGAAACUUAAGACCUCAAGCAUAUUCUGUUGAAAAUAAUUAUGGAUCUUCUUGCGGCAAUACGAGUGAAAUUACAACAUUUAACUAUGUCCCAAUUUCGUACAACAAUCAGGAAAGAGUAAUUAAUACUUAUAAUAGCAUGUACACCGUGACCAACUAUAUCUGUGGCCUUGAGAAUACAAUUGCAAUUACAGAUUGA